GUGCAAACAACAACUGACGAGCGUCGAGUAGCCGGCAACGACGAUGAUGAUGUGGCGAGCUCUGCGCACGCCAGGCGCCCGCGCGAUGAGCUCGGCGGCGCCAUGGGACCUCUGGCGACAGGCCAUUGCGACGUCGGGCGAGUCGGCCUUCCUGCGCUCGUUCGCGCUGCCCCGCGACCGCGGCGCGCUUGCGCAGCUCAUGCGCCAGGUGGCCACGAACCAGGAGCGCCAUGGCGACUUUGUGCCCCGCGUCGUCGUCCAGAGCAUCUGCAAAGCGUACAAGUCGCUCGACUUUGACGGAAAGCGCGACUUUCAGCUGGCGCUGGCACGGGACCUGCACCUCGACACGGCCGCGCUCCAGCAGCAGCUGCAAGCGACCAUGACCAACUUGAAGACGGUCUCCACCGACGACGGCGCGGUCGACUGGACGCACGAACAGCUCGAAAAGUACCUGCGCUCGACGCGCGUCCUGCGCGAGACGCUCACGCCACUCCACGAGCUGCUUUUUCACCAAAUUUUGAGCCAGCUACCGAAUGGCAUGCUCUUUCUUGUGCAGCUCCGCGCCGACGUGCGCACGACGCUCGCCAAGACGCACACGACGUCGGCGAAAAACGACCUUGUCGCCCUCCGCGCGCUCGACAGCCAGCUGCAAGCGUUCCUCGCUGAGUGGUUUGCGGUCGGGUUUCUCUCGCUCGAGCGCGUGACGUACGAGCACUCGCCCGGCGCGCUCCUCGAAAAAAUCAUUCGCUACGAAGCGGUUCACCCCGUCGGCACGAUCAUCGAGCUCAAGCGCCGCCUCGGGCGCGGCCGGCGUUGCUACGCCUUUUUCCACCCGAGUGUGCCGGACGAACCCUUGGUGUUUGUGCAUGUGGCGCUCGUGCCCGAGAUGGCGACGGGCAUGGGCUACAUUAAGGACGCGACCGAAGGCCUCGAGCACGAGCAUGACGCGCACGCCGCCAUCUUUUACUCGAUCUCGUCGACGCAGCCCGGUCUCCAGGGCGUCGACUUGGGCAACUACCUCAUCAAGCAGGUCGCCAAGCGCUUGCAAGAAGAACUCCCGAACGUCUCGCUCUACUCGACGCUGAGUCCGAUCCCGGGUUUUGUCAAGUGGCUUGAAAUUACGGGUGCGAGCGCGGUUCUCCCGGCAGAGGCGAGUGCGUUGGCUGCCCACGGCUUUGCGUCGGUCUUGGCUGCUCUUUCGGUGCCGCAGUGGCACGAAGACGCGGCGCUCACGACGCUCCUUCGCCCAAUUUUGCUGCGUCUUGGCGUCCACUACCUCUACCUCGAGAAGAAACGCGGGAAGGCGCUUUGCCCCGUCGCCAACUUUCACUUGCGGAACGGUGCCAUCUUGGAGCGGCUCAACUGGCUCGGCGAUCCAUCGCCCAAGGGACUGGCGCAGAGCGCGGGCCUCAUGGUCAACUACAAAUACGAUCUGGACCACGUUGAAGCCAACAACGAAGCGUACUUGUUGCACAACACGAUCGCCAUCGGGGCCGCGGCGCGCGCGUGCUUGGCGUAGCAACCCUACCCCUCGCGCUUCCCCUAGCCCUAGCUUCAUUUGCCGACAUAAAAACAUACUUUUGUUGCGUGU